UCAAUUUAACUUUCCCCAGCUUUCGCUAACAAGGGGUGCAUGGAGGACGGCACUUGGUAUAUUUCUCCGAAAAGCAACAAGACGUGGACCAACUACGAGACUUGUGUCGUCUCUGAUGACUCUCACCGGCUGACCUUGUACCUGUCCAUCUCCGGCUACACCAUCUCCUGUGUGUUGCUCAUCAUCAGCAUAGCCAUCUUCAGCGCCUUCAGGCAACUCAGAUGUACACGGGUCCUGCUUCACCAACAUCUGUUCGUCUCCUUUGUCCUGACGGGCUUCAUGUGGAUCUUUUCCAACGCUCAGUUCAUGAUCAAGCCCGAAAUGCGGAAAGACAACCCGGCUUGGUGUAAAGCAAUGCACGUGAUCACUCAGUACUUUUCUGUGAGCAACUACUUCUGGAUGUUCUGCGAAGCUUUCUUCCUACACACCAUCAUUGUGCAAGCUUUUUCAAAGCAGAAGAAGCUUCUCAUGGCUUGCUACUUCAUCGGAUGGGUUUUGUUUUAA